AUGCAGCGCAUCCGCCUAUCUCGGCUGCUGCUGGCGCCAACUAUUCUCGCGGUGACAUCGGCGCUCGAUGGGUGUCAGCAGUGUGAAGUCAACCGCAAUUGCGCGACGGCGUAUCGCAACGCGCCGGGUCAGUUUUGCGGCCACUGGCUCACGAGUACCGGCGCCAAGCUCGGCUGCUGCUGCCCCACAGGCGCCAUUUGCGCGACGACCAACUAUGCAUGCGAGUGCAAGAAUCGACCGACGACGUCGUCCAGCUCGAACGGCGGACUCAUCGGCGGCAUCAUUGGCGGCGUCAUCUUCAUCUGCCUCGUCGUGGGCCUUGCCUGCUUCUUUAAGAGGUGCAUCAAACUCUGCUGCAGCACUCGCCACGUCAUCACGGUGCCGCAGCAAGCAGUGCCAGUGGCCGUACCCAUGGCACUGCCCAUGGCGUACCCGCCGCAAGGCCAGGGCGGGUACCCAGGGCAGCCCGUGAAACCACAGCCAUACUAUGGCGGCCAGCCCCAAGCCAUGUACCCGGGGCAGCAGCCGCAGCAAGUGGUGUACCCCGGGCAGCAAGGUGUGUACCCCGGGCAGCAAGCCAUGUACCCUGGACAGCAAGCCAUGUACCCUGGACAGCAGGUUAUGUACCAACAACACCCGCAGCCGGUGAUGUACCAGCCCCAACCUCAAGUGUUUGGUGGGGCCCAUGUCGUCGUGGCGCCGCACCCCGUCGUCUACGGCGGCAACAACGGGUUCGUUGAAGGCAUGAUCGUCGGUGGCAUGCUCGACGGUGGACACCACCACCACCACUUUGGCGGCUUUGGCGACGGCGGCGACUAUGGUCGUGAUGGUGGCGACUUUGGCGGCGGCUGCGGCGACGGUGGCGGCGGCACCUUUGGUGGUGACUUUUAG